GCCAGCUCGGCCGUCCCGUCGGUCGUCGCGACGCCAAACGAGGCCCCUCGAGAGCUCCUCCCUCCCGCCAAUCGCGGGUCAAUGCCACCAAGGCUCCAUUUCCCUCCUCGAUCGUCUCCCUCCGAAUCCCAAAUCACACGCUCCCCCGCGCUGAAUCCGCGAAAACCCUCGCGCACAAUCAACGCGAAAACCCUCGCGCACAAUCAAUGGAGGCGAUCCCGCGUUGACCCUCCCCGGGCGUCCAGAUCGGGCUUCCCCUAUUCCGACGACCGCCGCGCAAAAAACAAUUGCGCCCCCAACGCAGCGAUAUAUCGACGCACCACCCCCUGGUUCCCUCUCCCCCACCCUUCUCGAGCGUCGGCGGAUCUGCCCUCAGGAGCGGAGCGGAGCGAGCUAGUCCUCCCAAAGAUGUCUAAUCUCUCAGAGCCCUCGAAAGAAGAUGGUUCAACCGAUGCUUCAGUUGCGUUCCAGAAAAGUGGAGCCUGGAAUAACGCAUUAAGCACUUUUAUGCACCAUGCUUCAGUGUAUGGUGUGGCUGCUGGUUAUUGCCUAUCAGCAUCGCUACUCUCCAUUAUCAACAAAUGGGCAAUUAUGAAAUUUCCUUACCCUGGAGCACUGACAGCACUGCAGUACCUCACCAGCGUUGCUGGAGUUCUCCUAUGUGGACAGCUAAAGCUUAUUGAGCCUGAUGGCCUGAAUUUGAGGACCAUGUGGAAGUUCUUACCUGCUGCUGUGAUGUUCUACAUUUCCAUCUUCACUAACAGUGAACUCCUGCUGCAUGCCAAUGUGGACACUUUCAUCGUGUUCCGUUCUGCUGUGCCAAUAUUUGUGGCCAUUGGAGAGACCUUGUACCUUCACCAACCAUGCCCAUCAUUCAAGACAUGGCUCUCGCUUUCCACUAUACUUGGUGGAAGUGUGAUCUAUGUUUUCACAGACAACCAGUUCACUGUGACUGCUUACAGCUGGGCAAUUGCCUAUCUAGCGAGCAUGUCUAUUGAUUUUGUAUACAUCAAGCACGUCGUCAUGACCAUCGGGUUGAACACAUGGGGCCUUGUUCUUUACAACAAUCUCGAGGCUCUGAUGCUGUUCCCCCUUGAGAUGCUUAUAAUGGGAGAAUUUGAUCAGAUGAAGGUCGACAGCUCCAAAAUGACAAACUGGCUAUCGUUCGACGUCAUUCUUCCUGUUGCUCUGUCGUGCCUUUUCGGGUUAUCGAUAUCUUUCUUUGGGUUCUCCUGCCGACGGGCAAUCUCUGCUACUGGAUUUACAGUGCUUGGUAUAGUGAACAAACUCCUGACCGUCGUGAUUAAUCUGCUUAUCUGGGACAAGCAUGCUUCCCUUGUAGGGACAAUUGGGCUCUUGAUAUGCAUGUCGGGUGGUGUGCUCUACCAGCAAUCCACCACCAAACCCAAGGCACCCAAGAUUGAGCCGAAGGAAGAUAACGACGAGGAGGAGCAGAGGUUGCUGCAGAUGCAGCCAGGGCAUGAGAGCAAUUCAGCUAGGCAUUCCUCCUCAUAAGCUUAAUCCAUGGAGUUUGUCAUUAAUAUUUUCCAUCCCUCAACAGCUUCCCUGAACCAUUGGAAACAAAAGUACUGACGAAGACUAUAUCUCAGAUGAGAAUUCUUGGAAGUGCUGUAGACAUCUGUCAUUUGAGAGAAACUACUUAUCAUUCUACAUUUUUUUGUUAUUGUACACUGUUUUUCAUUAGCUAGACAGGAUUGUUAUGGUGUAGGGUACCAGACAACUCAAACACACUAGAGUUGAAUACUCUGUAUACGGAAGCUAGCAAGUCUGCUAUUUAUCAAAUUUUACGGUCUAUGCGUUCAUCCGGUC